AUGUUUGGCGCACGCAGACCCAAGGUUCCCCCCAAGGGCGAUCCCAAAGGGAAGCAAAAGUCGACCACUGCCGGCACGACGAAGCGCACCAAAGAUUCCGGGUCCACACUCGCGCCCGGUCCCACCGGCGUUGACGUGGUCACCGCUGAACUCUCGAACGUCACUUUCCAAGACACCGAAGCCAGGCAUGAGGACAAGUCAGCAGGCGAGUCCAGCACCGCUGCGCCGACGUACAGAAUCAGCUUGCUCACCCAAGGUGAAAACUUCCUGGCGGCGCGGGCCGCUGCCACUGUGUUCCGUGGAGAGCAUCCAGAGGGUCGCGAGGAUCAAUACGAGGCCUUGGCUGAAAUGCUCAACGACUACGAAGAGAAGAACCUUGAACUCACCAAGAAAUCGCCCGCCUACCCCCUCGACGGUGAGACAUACAGGAGCCUGUACAACAUUAUCACCAAGUUUACAGAACAGCUCAAGGAAAUCACGACAUUGGCGGCGUGGGAGGCGGAUCUCAGAAAGAGAUUCAACAAGACAGAAUCAGAUCUCGAACAGAGUCUGGAGAAGCUUGCUGAGUGGGAGGAAGUGAAUACAUACUACGGGAGACCCGAGGGCAAGACGCCGCAGCGCGGCUGA